AUGUCCUCUAGGUCCCAAAACGCGUCCGCUUCAAGCAUCUCGACCCAUACGACAGCAGCAGCAUCCCACGUUUCUCUCCCACAUUCCCCCAUUCUUGAGUCCCUAUCCACGAAGGUUUGGGUCGACCCUGCGUCGUUACCGAACUAUGGAGAUGUUUCGUCUAUUGGCGGUAAUGCCCCGCAGUAUGUCAAGCGUUUGAAUCACAAUACCUACAUGUCGUAUGGGGUGGGAGAUGAAGAUCGUUUUGGCUACGAGGUCGGUUCAUCAGUCAAAUUCGUCGAGGUCAACGUCAACCGGAAGCUGGAGAGGCAGGGGCGACUCGAGGCUACCACCGUCGCGGAGAUCAAGGUCACCAAGCACAUGUUGAAUGGGGCCGGUAUGCUGCAUGGUGGAUGCGUUGCGUAUCUAAUCGACAACACCCCACUUGUCGUCCUCGGCCUUCUUCAAAACGUAAACGGCGUUGGCGUUACGCAAGCGAUGAACCUCCUGUUUCAUUCACCCGCACCCCGCGGGACUAUCCUUCGCAUUAUCAGUACUUCGAUCUCAUUAGGCGGACGAGUGAUGUCUUCGAGGUGUGAGAUUUUGGACAAAGAUUCGGGGCGAAUCGUCGCUUCUGCCUUUGUAAAUAAAAUGCAACCUACAUCUAUGUCGAAAUUGUAA